UUUUCUUUCCCGCCUCAUUCAUUUAGAACAAUACUCAUUAUAUAUCAACUACACAAAGCAACCCCCCACAAAGAUGACUGAAAAAGCAACCUACACGCACGGCCACCACGCCAGCGUCCUGCGCAGCCACGGCCAACGCACCGCCCAUAACUCCGCGCAAUUCCUGCUCCCCCACCUGCAACCGCAUCACAGGAUUCUAGACAUCGGCUGCGGACCAGGCACCAUCACCGUCGACCUAGCCGCGCACGUACCCCAGGGCCACGUGACGGGCCUCGACAUGGUGGGCACCAUUCUCCCCGACGCGCGCGCCCUGGCCAGCUCCCGCAACGUCACCAACAUCGAUUUCGUCACGGGGGACGCCAACGCUCUCACCUACGACGACAACACCUUUGACGUCGUCUUCUGCCACCAGGUCCUCCAGCACGUCGCCGACCCGGUCGCCGUGCUGGCCGAAAUGCGCCGCGUGUGUAAACCGGGAGGCAUUGUCGCCGCCCGCGAGGCCGAUUACUCCGCCUUCAUGUGGUACCCGGAGCUGCCGGGGCUGCGGCGGUGGCAGAACCUGUAUGACCAAGUUGCGAGAAAGAAUGGGGGCGAGCCAAACGCGGGGCGGUUUUUGCAUGCAUGGGCCAAGAGGGCGGGUUUUGGGACUGGAGCAGUGGAGUGUAAGGUCAGUGCGUGGUGCUUUGCGACGCCCGAGGAGGUGAGCUGGUGGAGUGGCACGUGGCAGGAGCGGGCGGUGAAGUCGGCGUUUGCGAAGGGGGCGCUGGAGAAUGGGUUUGCGUCGGCGGAGGAGCUGACGGACAUUUCUGGGGUGUGGCGGGAGUGGGGUGAGGACGGGGAUGCGUGGAUUGCCAUUCCCAGUGCGGAGGUGGUUUGUCGAAAGUAA